AAAAUUAAUUUAGACAAACUGUCUUUGAAAAGAAUUAAUUCUUGUCCAGAUAUUAGUAUCUCUCACGCUCGAUCGCUCUCACUAUAAUUGACAAUUGAGUGAAAUAAUUUUUAAAUGAUUAAAACUUUUAGAACACAUAAUUAAGUAAUUAGGAUUAAGAGAAACAUCAGAAUCGCAAAUGUGUUUAUUUUACAGCGCAACGAAGUCGAAAUAAAAAGAGGACGCGUGUUUUCUAGGACACUCGUAGUCACGUCAUUGAUUAACUUGUAAUUCUAGACGAUCGUUAAACUCACGCCGCAUCAGUAAGUAGGUCAGCUUCGAUAAAACGGACUGCAUGAUACCUUUCCGUAAGCGCGUGUCGUCACCGAACACCUCAGACCUGCGACGUGAGACACGUCACGUAACAUGCAACCGUCAAUUUUAAAAUAUGCCUGUUUCUUAUUAUUAUUUAUUCCAUUAUUUGUAAUAUAUAUCUCAAUACACAUUAAAAUCAUCACUAUAAAUAUGGAAUUGUCAUCGAAAUCUCAAGCACUUAACUGGUUUGACUUUAUAUCUUAAUGACGACACUGAUAGCUUGACUAUAAAAUAUAUGUAUAUUAAAAAUCAAUUAAUAGAUCUAUAACAAAUAUGAUUUUUGCUACAAAAGUAUAUUUGGAUUGAAGAAUGAAUUUACAUCUUAUAUUACAUAACAUAGUUUUUAAAUUAAAUAUUUCUUCACUCAAUUAUACUUAAUUGCUGAUUAGAUUUCAGUAUUCGGAAAAGCUAAUGUCACUUUUCAGUUACAUUUAUUUCAAGUCAGGAGGUUUUUAACGAAGGUAGUGGGGAAGAACAACGGGACCAGGCCGACGAAGAGGAGGACCAGUGCGCCAGACAAAGAGCAAAAUCAAAAGAGCAAGAGAGAGGAAGCGAAUUGGUCAACCGUUAUGCGUCGCUUCUACGGGGCUGAAGAGUCUGGAAACCUGUUCAUGUACGUAGCUGAUACGCAAUCCUCAUUCAGAUACGAAUAGUCCAGGAGCAAGGUCACGGUCAUCUCAGUGGUGCAUAUCGCUUCGUCGAGCAACGUCGUUUGAGCGUAUAUAUCGCAAUACGUUUCUUAAUGUGCAAAGGUCUACGAGCAAUAAAUCCCACGUUUAUGACUUUCAAGUUCUUCGACAUUGUCUGAUGACGGAAAAAGUGUCUGAUGAUCGCUUACAAGCGUUCAGUUCCUCGAUAGUUCAAUGGCGCAAUGAAGAAAUCACAAUGGUGAUGGCAUGGAGGGAUCACGUUUGCAAUUGUCGAAGUACUAUAAAGAAGAAAUGCGACAAGUAUAGUGCUUUGUUGUUAUCGGAUUUGUUAACCAGGACACUCACGAACACGUGCGAAUGAUUAAUCUUGGCUGAGGAAGAAGUUCACUAAUGAGAGAAAGCAAAAAAAGCUGAAAUGGGUAUCGAAAGCAUUCUGACAGGAGGUUUGACCUCGGCUACCGGUGGACUCUCGUGGUUCUUCCCAGUUCUCGCUGCGGCGCUUGUCUAUUUUCAGUAUGAAGCUAUGGACAAUGAAGCACCGCCAAUCAACGUGCCAUCAGAGAUGCUGUUGCCGUCCUAUGACUUCAUAGUGAUAGGAGGCGGCUCGGCAGGAGCUGUAGUUGCCAGUCGCCUAUCCGAAAUCGAGGAGUGGAACGUUCUGCUAUUGGAGGCAGGCGGUGAUGAAACGGAAAUCUCGGAUGUGCCCUUGCUCGCCGCUUUCCUUCAGCUCAGCCAACUGGAUUGGCAAUACAAGACUGAGCCACAGGGUACCUCCUGCCUAGCCAUGGAAAAUGGUCGUUGUAACUGGCCACGAGGAAAGGUCAUAGGCGGCUCGAGCGUGCUUAACUAUAUGCUGUAUCUACGAGGCAAUAAACGAGAUUAUGACAUCUGGGAGCAGCAGGGUAAUCCCGAUUGGAGCUCGCGUGAUGUCCUACACUACUUCAAAAAAUCCGAGGACAAUAAAAACCCCUAUCUGGUGCAGACACCAUACCACGCAAGCGGCGGCUACCUAUCAGUUCAAGAGGCACCGUUUCACACGCCUUUGGCGACUGCCUUCGUCCAGGCUGGUCAAGAGAUGGGUUAUGAGAAUCGCGAUAUCAAUGGUGAACACCAGACCGGCUUCAUGAUUGCUCAGGGUACCAUCAGGCGCGGCAGUCGAUGCUCGACCGCAAAGGCCUUCCUUAGACCAGCAAGACUUAGGAAGAACCUGCAUGUAGCGAUGCACGCGCAGGCGACCAAAGUGCUCGUGCACCCCAAAUCAAAGCGUGCUUAUGGAGUGGAGUUUGCAAGGGACGACGAGAUCUUCCGUAUACGCGCGAACAAGGAGGUGAUCGUGUCUGGUGGCGCGGUAAAUUCACCGCAGCUUUUGAUGUUAUCAGGAAUCGGACCGAAAGAGCACUUGCAGGAGCUAGGAAUUCCUAUGAUCCAAGACUCCAAGGUUGGCCAUAAUCUGCAGGAUCACGUUGGCCUAGGCGGGCUCGCCUUCAUGGUCAACCAGGAGAUCUCCAUGGUAGAGAAACGACUGCAAAGCACCCGGGCGGUGAUGCAGUACGCUAUACUAGGGGACGGACCUCUGACAGUACUGGGAGGCGUCGAGGGUAUUGCCUUCGUCAAUACCAAAUAUACGAACGCCUCAUUGGACUUUCCGGACAUCGAGCUGCAUUUCAUUUCUGGCUCGACUAACAGCGACGGCGGUAGACAGAUCAGAAAAGUGCACGGGCUUAGGAAGCAGUUCUACGAUACCGUCUUCGGAAAAAUCAGCGAUAAAGACACAUGGAGCGUGAUACCAAUGCUGCUGCGACCGAAGAGUCGUGGUAUAAUCAAACUGCGCAGCAAAAAUCCAUUCGAUCAUCCUUUAAUUUACCCGAAUUACUUCAAGGAGCCGGAGGAUAUUGCUACGCUGGUCGAAGGUGUGAAGAUCAGCGUAGCCUUGAGCAGAACUCGCGCCUUCAAGCGAUUCGGAAGCGAGCUGAACUCGCAACAGUUCCCCGGGUGCAAACACAUUCCAAUUUUCACGGAUCCUUACUGGGAAUGCAUGAUCAGAUUUUACAGCGCAACGAUCUAUCACCCAGUUGGCACGUGUAAAAUGGGACCUUUCUGGGAUGCCGAAGCAGUCGUUGAUCCGCAACUCAAAGUUUACGGAGUAGCUGGGCUUCGCGUGAUUGAUGCGUCGAUCAUGCCAAAUUUAGUAAGCGGAAACACCAACGCACCAACGAUAAUGAUAGCUGAAAAGGGAUCAGAUAUGAUUAAAGAAUAUUGGCUGAAAGGGAAGACCAGAUCUGAGGAAGUUUAGCAAAUAAUUAACGACA